AUGGACGUCCGUGUCCCGAAGUCGAACUUGAAGAACGUCUACCUCGAGAAGAGCCUGGCUACUAUUUUUGACGAUGCAGAUCUUGACGCUGCUGCCAAAGAAACUCAACACAGCAUAGCAUGGAACUCGGGCCAGGUUUGCAUGGCAAACUCUCGGAUUUAUGUCCAGAACACGGUUGCCGAGAAGUUCAUCACGAUGUUCAAAGACAACUGCGCCAAUGUCAAGAUCGGAGUCUUCACUGAUCCAGGCGUGCAGAUGUGUCCGCUGGCAGAUGAAUCUCAGUUCCAGUCUGUCAACAAAUACGGGUACGAUAAAGAGCGGAUACUUUGUCGGAUUACAUAUCUCUCACUUCCCAAGAACUCCGAACCUAUGAAGGAGGAGAUCUUUAGUACUGUGGUUAACAUCUGCACCUUUGAGACGGAAGAGGAGGUGCUACAGAAGGUAAAUGAUACUGAAUACGGAUUGCACGCGUCGGUCUACACAAAGGAUGUCAGCCGCGAGAUUCGCAUGGCAGGGUUUCUGGAAGUGUGA